AUGGAGGAGUGCGCUUGCCUCUGCGGCUUGGGCUCUUCGCGGGGAUGUCGGUGUCCUCAGGAGCGCCAGCGCCCAGCUGAGAAGGCAGCGGCCGAGGGCAAGCCGGCUUCGGCAGAAAAGCACCUCGAGGCCGGCGCAGCAGCGCGGUGCUGGGCGGGGAGUGGAGGAAUCGCGAGCCCCAGGCCGCCCCCGCACUGCUCGCUGCAGGACCUGCCGGUGGAGAUGCUGGUGGAGAUCUUCGCCUUGCUCCCCGGCACCGACCUGCCCAGCCUGGCCCUGGCCUGCACCCAAUUCCGCCACAUCCUGCACAUCGACAGCAUCUGGAGACAGCGCUGCCGGGAGGAGUUUGGCGUUUGGGAAAACUCGCAGAAUCUGCAGAGGGUAGGUACGUCUUACCGAGAAGUCUAUGCGAAGCUGCUCCACCCAUACAGACACAUUUUGGGAUUGUGGCAGCUAGAUACUAAGGGCUUUAAAACACUGCUGUAUGUAGCGGUGGACGGCUUACGCAUUACUGGUUGGACGUACGUGCCUUGUCUUAACACCCACGUGGAUGGUCCAAUGCAAUUCAAGCCCGCGUUCCGAAUCCGCCUGACGGAGAGGAAAUCAGCCGCGGUGGAGUGCAUGGAAGGCCGCCACCGCAGGCCCCACAGCCGCCACCUGCAGAUUCAGAAGGACAGGCUCACCAGCCAGUGCAAGAAGACAGACCACCGAAGGGAUUCACCGACACGGCUUCGGGAGGAAUUCGGGUCGGUGCUGUUGUUGGAUGACACACUGCGGUAUGACCGCCUGGCCUACCGCCGCCUCUACCUCCCGCCCAGCCACCCGGACGACCUCAUCAGGCCAGGCCUCUUCCAAGGCAAAUACGAUCGCUGCGGCCUAUCGAUUGUCAUGCUCAGAUUCCAUGGGAAAUAUGCCAGGGUCACCAAUAUCUCGGGACACCACAACGACAUAGAGAUCCAGCUCAAGCACCGCAUCCAGCUGCGAGAUGGCGAGAUCUUCCGCGACUUCAACGAGCUCUCCCGCGUGGUCCAGGAGAUUCACGAGCAGGUGCUCCGGGAGCAGGAGCAGCAGCAAGAAGACGGGACUGAGGAAAGCGAGAGCCAUGGCUGGCAGAGCCCUGCCCAGCCCAGCAUCGGGGAGUCCGGGGCUGCAGCUGCAGAGGAGCAGCCUGUCCCGUUUGUUCUGCCUGUGGGCGUGAGCUCAAGGGACCAGAACUACCCCCGGACCUGCAGGAUGUGUUUCUAUGGCGUGGACACUGGUACCGUAGAUGGCUCAGUCUGGCGCGAUCCUGGAGUCUUCAUCCUGUUCGAUGAGAACCACUUGGGGUUCAUCCAUCUGGUGUAUAAAACGUUCAUCCUGUUCGGCAGAGUCCAGAACACCUUCCAGAAUGUCGAGGCACCAUCCCCGCAGGCCUUCCUGGAGAUGCGCAAGAACAUUCAGCAGGUUUCCCACCGUGGUUUGUUUUUUUAA